CCGUCAGCUAGUCAGCGGUUGCAAAUGGCGACAGCCACGAAAUCUCUGGCACCGACUCGCGAAUAGUUUCACGCCUACCGAGUGCUGCGUGACCGAGCCGUGUGUGAACAUUACCCUAACCCAGAUCGGUGGUUUUGAGAAGAUCAAGUCAAAAUGCCGGCUGUGAGAGGAGAUGGCAUGCGUGGACUAGCCGUGUUUAUUUCUGAUAUUAGAAAUUGCAAAAGCAAAGAAGCAGAAAUCAAGAGAAUAAACAAAGAGUUGGCAAAUAUUCGUAGUAAAUUUAAAGGAGACAAACCACUUGAUGGAUACCAAAAAAAGAAAUAUGUUUGCAAGCUCCUUUUUAUUUUCCUGCUUGGUCAUGACAUUGACUUUGGACAUAUGGAAGCUGUUAACCUACUUUCAUCUAAUAAGUACUCAGAAAAACAGAUUGGGUACCUUUUCAUAUCGGUCUUAGUAAAUACAAAUAGCGAUCUCAUUAAGCUCAUAAUUCAAAGCAUAAAAAAUGAUCUUGCAUCGCGUAAUCCGAUUCAUGUAAAUCUCGCGUUACAAUGUAUUGCCAACAUUGGCAGUAAGGAAAUGGCAGAGGCUUUUGGUAAUGAAAUACCAAAAUUACUUGUAUCUGGAGACACUAUGGAUGUAGUUAAACAAAGCGCGGCGUUGUGCUUGUUACGAUUAUUGCGUACUGCACCCGAUGUUGUACCUGGUGGUGAAUGGACAUCGCGUAUAGUUCAUUUAUUAAACGAUCAACAUCUUGGUGUCGUUACUGCAGCGGCAUCUCUAAUAGAUGCUCUUGUAAAAAGAAAUCCAGAUGAAUACAAAGGAUGCGUCAGCCUAGCGGUUUCAAGAUUAAGCAGGAUUGUAACAUCAAGCUACACAGAUCUACAGGAUUAUACAUAUUAUUUUGUGCCAGCACCAUGGCUGUCUGUUAAAUUACUGCGAUUACUACAGAAUUAUACUCCACCUGCUGAAGAUCCAGGUGUAAGAGGCAGAUUAAACGAAUGUCUAGAAACUAUAUUAAAUAAAGCUCAAGAACCGCCGAAGUCGAAGAAAGUACAGCACUCCAAUGCGAAGAAUGCUGUAUUGUUUGAGGCCAUUAGUUUAAUCAUUCACAACGAUAGCGAACUGCCUUUAUCGGUCAGAGCGUGCAAUCAACUUGGUCAAUUUCUAUCGAAUCGCGAGACCAAUUUGCGCUACUUGGCGCUCGAAUCUAUGUGUCACCUGGCUACAUCAGAACUCUCGCACGAAGCAGUAAAGAAGCAUCAAGAGGUUGUCAUUCUUUCUAUGAAAAUGGAGAAGGAUGUGUCUGUAAGGCAACAGGCUGUAGAUCUUUUGUAUGCCAUGUGUGAUAAAACCAAUGCGGAAGAAAUAGUACAAGAAAUGUUGAACUACCUCGAAACUGCUGACUAUUCUAUCAGAGAAGAGAUGGUUCUGAAGGUUGCAAUUCUAGCUGAAAAGUAUGCUACCGAUUACACUUGGUACGUUGAUGUUAUUUUGAAUCUCAUCAGGAUAGCCGGUGACUACGUAUCGGAAGAAGUGUGGUACAGAGUUAUUCAGAUUGUCAUCAACCGAGAGGAUGUACAAGGGUACGCGGCAAAAACGGUUUUCGAGGCCUUACAAGCUCCAGCUUGCCAUGAAAAUAUGGUCAAAGUCGGUGGUUAUAUACUUGGAGAAUUUGGGAACCUUAUCGCUGGUGAUCAACGCUCGUCUCCAGCUGUUCAGUUCCAGUUAUUACAUUCCAAAUAUCACUUAUGUUCUCCAAUGACUCGAGCGUUAUUACUAUCCACGUACAUCAAAUUUGUUAAUCUGUUCUCUGAAAUGAGAAGCCAAAUUCAAGAUGUUUUUCGACAACACAAUAAUUUACGCAGUGCGGAUGCAGAACUGCAGCAGAGGGCUUCGGAGUAUCUUCAGUUGAGCAUUAUCGCAUCCAACGACGUUCUGGCUACCGUUUUGGAAGAAAUGCCUGCAUUCCCCGAAAGAGAAUCUUCCAUUCUCGCAGUUUUGAAAAAGAAAAAGCCCGGUCGGGUGCCCGAGAAUGAAAUCAGAGAAAGUAAGAGUCCUGCACCAAAUACUAAUCAUCACCCGGAAGUACCUGUUAUCGCGGCGGCGGUUGUCAAUAACAGUUCGGCAGACUUAUUGGGACUUUCCACGCCACCGUCUUCUCAACCAACUAGCAAUACGGGAGUUCUUCUCGACGUACUAGGGGAUAUUUAUAACAUGCCGAACAAAGUUGGUGCUACGAAUGGUGCCCAAAAUACGUAUAAUCCAAAGAAAUUCGUUUGUAAGAAUAACGGCGUUCUGUUUGAAAAUGAUUUAAUUCAAAUCGGAGUAAAGUCCGAGUUUCGACAAAAUUUGGGACGCGUCGGUCUUUUCUAUGGGAACAAAACUCAGUACGCUCUUCACAGUUUCCAAACUCAGCUUUCUUGGUCCGAAGAAAAUCAAGCGAAACUAGCGGUGCAAGUGAAACCAGUCGAUCCGGCGCUGGAAGCUGGUGCUCAGAUUCAACAAAUGAUAAAUGCAGAGUGUAUCGACGACUACAACGACUCGCCAAGUAUGAUCAUAUCGUUUAUUUAUAAUAACGUGCCACAGAAAAUAACGAUGAAGUUGCCGUUGACGAUCAAUAAGUUCUUCGAACCUACAGAAAUGAACGGAGAGUCAUUCUUCGCACGGUGGAAAAACCUUGGAGGAGCGAAUCAACAACGUUCACAGAAGAUUUUCAAGGCGCAGCAGCCGAUGGAUCUUGCGCAAGUUCGCACGAAAUUGCAAGGAUUCGGGAUGCAAUUGCUCGACGGCAUCGAUCCGAAUCCUGACAAUUUCGUCUGCGCGGGUAUAGUGCACAUGAGAGCGCAACAAGUAGGGUGCUUGUUGCGUUUGGAACCUAACAAACAAGCGCAGAUGUUUCGUUUAACGGUACGCUCGAGUAAGGAGUCAAUGUCGGUAGAGAUCUGUGACCUGCUGGUGGACCAAUUUUAAACGGCCUAGCAGGCGUGAAAUUAAUCUAAGAUACAUCAAAAACGCCGUGGGAAGACAUAUCGUGAUCAUAAAAGGAUGUCGUCUCUCGACGUUCAGAAAGAUACUGAUGAUUAUUUGUUAAGAGAUAUUCGUUGUACCCAAGCUUACGCUCACAACGCGAUCGUAAGAACUGAAUCCUUGCGUAGGCGGAGCGUUGUUACCAAGUAUAAUCCUAAAAAGCGUGGCAUAGGAUUGCCACAGCAUACAAUCAUGAUUAUCGCGUAUAAUUGUGUAUAAUUAUCGCAUAUAACUGCGUGCAUGGAAAACGAUAAAAAAAAAAAAAAAAACCAAACAACAUAUACAAUGACUAUGAUGGACAAUAUUAGUCCACGGGCAAAGGUAACAAGCAUAGAUAUUACCUUUGUAUGUUUUUUUUUUUUUAAUCUAAAUUUUUUUAAUUUAACCGCGUAUCUUUAGUGAAAAUUACGUUUCGCAACUUAUCCAAUGACGUACAGAUGUCUUUGCCACGAGUAUCAACGAAAGAUGUUCGGGUCCAGUAUCAAGAUCGGAUUACUAGCGUACAUUUUUUAUAGACGAUUUUAUAGCCAGUUACUUUUCCCUUACCGUGCAUUUUUCGAUGAGUUUAUAUGUCAAGUUAUCGACCCGCGCGCUUCCUCGUGGCGCGUUUCUAUCUAUGCCUCCCUCGAUUCUUUCUUCUCGUGUACGAUCACUUUUGAUCCGUACCGAUCUUCAUUUUUGAGAUUAAUAUCAUUGUUGCGUGAGCGAGAGUAAAUUUGGGCACGAUGACAGUAGCUGUAUGAUAUUAGUUGUUUAUCGUAGAUUUCCUUGUAUUUAAUGGAGCUCAAAAUUUCUCUUGUAAUUAGUAGGUUCGACAUCAUCGCUCCCGUCCCAUUCCCUCGUUCCGCUUGCCCCCCCCCCUUCCCCAUAGAGAUUUUCUUUAACCUCAAACGUUGAUGUAUAAAAAAAUCCAUGGCUGGUCACAUUCUUUGGCUCGCAGAGAGAGGAGCGAUCGAGUUCAAGCGAGUGGUGAACGAACCAAGAAUUUGUUAGAAAGAAACCUUUUCUAAUCGUCUUUAAUGAGUCUUGUGUGAGAUGUAUAUUUCAGUAGUAUAUCUUGUACAGAUGAUAUUCGCGAAUGCGUUGAUGGUUAAUUAUGUUUCCCGUGAGUGGCGACGAAGGAAGAAUAAAAAUAUAAAAGGAACAAAAAAAAAUAGAGCAGCUCCGAGCGACGUUCGAAUCGCGUUUGCAUCGCGACCCACGCUUCGAUUAUGCCUGUCUGUCUUUGUUAUGGAAAUUGUAAAGCUCUAAUUGAAUUGUACAUAAGAAAUCCCAUUAAUUAAAUGUGCUGAUAAAGAGCCAUUGCACGAGACACAGAAAUCCAGUACUUGCUGGCACGGGGAUCCACAAUAUCGUCUCUUCCUGCUGUUUCAUUUGUAUUUCUUUAUCGUGCGAACUCGA